AUGUUAACUCAUCAAAUGGUGACAGUUUUAAAUCCUCUUUUAGAAAACACAAACACUAGAAUUGAACAAUUAAAUAGGCAAGUUAAUAGGAUUGCUACUGUGGUAAAUUUAGAAGAAAAUGACAACCAGGGUUUAAGAUUUGAUAAUGUAAAUCAGAACGGUGGAGCGAUUCCUAAUUAUGAUGUUCACAUGCCUAGACAUGGUCAAAAUGCUGAUGAUAUGUUGGAAAGACUUAGGCAAAACAACUUAGGGGGGCAUUAUAAUCUAGCAAGAAAUGUCGAACAAGUUGUAAACCGUUUGGGGUUUAAUGUUGGUUGCUUAAAUAUGCCAUAUUUUGUGUCUGCUUUUCCUGAAUGUGUCCAACAGGCAGAGCUUCCAAGAGGUUGGAAAAUUCCAAAAUCUCUUACAGAAUUUUCUGGAGAAGAAAAUGAGUCUACAGUAGAGCAUAUUGUUCGAUAUACUGUUGAAAUUGGGGAAGCAGCUUCUAAUAAAUAUCUCAAGAUGAGAUAUUUUCCUUCUUCUUUAACAAAAAAUGCAUUUACAUGUCUUAUAGAUUUAUUCUCUGUCAAACCUGCAGAGGAAGAAUCCAUUGACACUUAUUUGGCACAGUUUAGAAACAUGAGAAACAAAUGUUUUACUCCGAUUCCAAAAUCUGAAGUUGUCAAAAUGGCUACUAAAGGGCUAGAAUUUGGAGUUAGGAAGAAACUUGUUAAUCAACAUACUUUAGAUCUUUCCCAAUUAGCUGAGAGAGUAAGACAGAUAGAGAAAAUUAAGAAAGAAAAAGAAAAUUUUAAAAAGGGUUCAAAAAAGGUUGCAUAUGUUGAUUGUUUUUCCGAUAGUAGUGAUUCAGAUGAGAAAGAGAUUUAUAUUACCGAAUUACAUGGGGUCCUCCUUAUGUAUGCAAAUCUUUGA